CCGGCGCUGUGGCACUGACAGAUCUUCGAAACACAAGAAUGGAAGCGUUAGAAUCUGAGUUGACGUGCCCGACGUGUUUGGACCUGUUCGAGUCGCCCCUACAGCUGCCAUGUCUGCACAACCUGUGCAGGAAGUGCGUCCAAGACUUGGAAUCGUACUCCAAGAAUGCAGACGAGACCGUGCGAGGCGCGCAAGGAGGGGUAAAGAAAGGACGUCCGGCACAGGCAAAGCCUACAGCUCAAAUCACCUGUCCCACCUGUAGGAGGGACAUACCACUGGACGAGAGAGGUGUUGACGGCCUGAGCAGGAACAUGGUUCUACAGAACAUUGUUGACAGGUUUAGAGACGCCAGGGACAAGGGUAAACACAAUACCGCGACGCCAUGUCAGCUGUGUGAAGGUGACCCCCGCCCGGCUGUUAGGGUGUGUGUGAACUGUGACGGCCUGGCGUACUGUGAGGACUGCCUGUCCACCUUCCACCCCGCCCGGGGUCCGCUGGCCAGGCACACGUUGGUCCUUCCCGGACAGCAGCCGGACAAGAGGGGACCUAAAGUCGUCAUGUGCACCGACCAUGCGGACGAGAAGGUGAAUCUGUACUGUAAAGCGGAUGGAAUGCCAGUUUGUUCCCUCUGUAAGCUGGUGGGGAAACACCAGGGCCACAAGGUGGCUGCACUAUCGGAUGCCUACAAGGAGAAGAAGGAUAUCCUGAUAAAGGAAGUCUCUGCUUUGAAGGAGAGAAACAAGGAAAUCAACCGGUUUGUGACGAGAAUGCGUGAAACCUGCGUCAAAGUACAGGAACAAAACAAGAAGUGGCAGGAAAGACUUGUUCAGGGGGUCGCUGAUCUUGUACAAAUUCUGGAGGAGAGGAAACAUUUCCUUGCAAAAGCACUUUCUGAGGAAGAAGAAGAAAAAUUGAAGCUGUUGAAGGAGGAGAUAGCUAAGAAGGAGGAGCAUCUUCAGAAGGCACAGGCAGUCGUGGCGUAUGUCGACGAAGUCCUGAAGGAGAAAGAUCAGUCGUGCUUUCUUCAGGCCGUGCAGUCUACCAGAGAUAGGUAAGGCAGUCUUUCAUUCUGCACGUCACAUGUACAACUUAGACAUUUUCAG